CUCUAUCCACUCUCUCUCCUCACGCCACAAGAACCUCCACACAAUCUUUCUCCCUUCUCUCUCUUCCCCCUCCCAUUUCUCAAAAUCCUUGGAAAAUCAAAUCUAGGGUUUUUCCUUCUUCUUCAAUGGCGGCUGUGGUCCUUGAAUCUCUCUCGGUCCCUCGAUUCAGCUCCGGCUCGAUCUCCGCCUCUUCGGCCGCGGGCGCCGCGAGAUCGCCUGCUUUCGCCGCCGUUGGAUGCCGAGGUAUAGGGGUUGUGUCGGAGUUCAGUGGGCUGAGGGUCUCGAGGCGCUGUCAGAGAGUGACCUCAGCAGUGGGGCCCGCGAGCAGGCGCCUAGCUGGUCGCCGUGGGAGCGUGGUCUGCGAGGCGCAGGAUACAGCUGUUGAGGUUCGUGACGUGAUGAAAGACACAUGGAAAUCACUUGUAGUGGAGUGUGAUAAGCCUGUGCUUGUCGAGUUUUGGGCUCCAUGGUGCGGGCCUUGCAAACUGAUUCUUCCUGUCAUCGGCAAGCUAUCAAAGACAUACGAAGGUAAAUUGGAAUGCUAUAAGCUCAACACGGAUGAAAACCCAGAUAUUGCAACUCAAUAUGGGAUCAGGAGCAUUCCAACGAUCAUGAUCUUCAAGAAUGGUGAGAAGAAAGAUGCUGUGAUUGGAGCUGUUCCAGAGAGUACCCUGAUUACAUCCAUUGAGAAAUUUGUAUAGAUGGGUAAGUAAUUUAACCUAUUUUAAGGAUUUAUAACUGUUUUAUGUCCUAUUUUUAAUCAGAGUAUUUCACUUCUUCCUUAGUUGGUGUCUGUAUGAGUUUAUGUAUAUAGGAAAGGAGACUACAGUCACUGUUAUCUCCAUGAGACAAUAAUUUUAUUGUACGUUCACUGGCAGGUAUCGUUGUACUAUUCACUUUUAUUUUUGUGCAUUUGGAUGUUGAGAUCAAAUUUUCUACUUUGAGAACU